GCCUCCAAUGAGAAGAAGCCCAUCUGGUGGCUAUUUAGGCAGGGAUGCAAGCGCUUGGAAAUUACAGUAGAAGCAUUGGGAAGGGUGAAGAUUUGUGAUCCUAUCAGCCCACAUAGUAGAUCAGAUCCUCCAACUUGUGCUGCAAAUAUGGAUAUCGUCCCACAAGUGCUCAAUUUUGGAGCUGGACCCGCCAAGCUGCCACCCUCGGUUUUGCUGGAAGCCCAGAAAGAAUUGAUUGACUACAAGGGUCUUGGGAUCAGCGUUCUUGAAAUGAGCCACAGAUCAUCGGACUUCACAAAAAUUUUGAACACCACGGAGAUGUUCCUACGAUCGCUAUUGGAUAUUCCAGAGAAUUACAAAGUCCUUUUUCUCCAAGGAGGUGGAAGUGGGCAGUUUAGUGCUGUCCCCCUUAAUCUUAUUGGUUUAAAUGAAUCAAAGUGUGCAGACUAUAUAGUUACCGGUGCUUGGUCAGCAAAAGCAGCCAAAGAAGCCGAGAAAUAUGGAAAGGUCAACAUUGUGCACCCCAAACUUUCAAGCUACACAGAAAUUCCAGAUCCAAACACGUGGAAUUUUAAUCCAGAGGCUUCCUAUGUGUACUAUUGUGCCAAUGAAACUGUUCAUGGUGUGGAGUUCCAGUAUAUUCCAGAUGUAAAUGGCACUGUUCUUGUCUGUGAUAUGUCAUCAAACUUCCUAUCUAGACCAGUUGAUGUUUCAAAGUUUGGACUUAUUUUUGCUGGUGCUCAGAAGAACAUUGGAUGUGCUGGUGUCACAGUUGUCAUAGUCCGGGAAGACUUGUUGGGCUUGGCAGUGAAAGAGUGUCCUACAGUUUUGGAUUACAAAAUUCAGGCGGGAAAUGGCUCCUUGUAUAAUACUCCGCCGUGUUUCAGCAUCUAUAUAAUGGAACUUGUGCUGGAAUGGAUAAGGAAUAAUGGAGGAGCUGCAUGUAUGGAGAAGCUAAGCAUCCUGAAAUCGGAGAUGAUUUAUAAUGUCAUUGAUGAAUCGAAUGGACUGUUUGUCUGUCCGGUAGAAAAAAAAAGCAGGAGCAGAAUGAAUAUUCCUUUCCGCAUUGGAGAUAUCAAAGGUGAUAGUAAACUAGAAAAAGAAUUUCUGGAUAAAGCUGCAGCACUUGGCAUGUUGUCUCUUAAAGGACACAGAUCGGUGGGAGGAAUCCGCGCUUCACUAUACAAUGCGGUGACUGUGGAGGAUGUUGAGAAGCUUGCAGAAUUCAUGAGGCAUUUCAAGGAGACUCACCAGUGAAGAACAGACCUACCGGUUUUUCUUUGUAUCACUGUACAAAAUAUGGCACUUGAUAGAUAAGCUAUUUUCAUAAUGUAUAAAACCUAAUUUGUAAACUUUAUUUUUUUUGUAUCAAGGUACAACUUUUGUCAUUCCUCUUGUUUUCUCUUUAAG